AUGCUUAUUGGUUAUACGGUGAUAUUGUUAUUAUACUUAUUUCCCGUUAUUUACGGAGAAUUAAUAUCAAUUAUAGUUGGUACAGGAAUAGCAGUUGGAUUAGGAUCAUUUCUUUUUUAUAACCAAUGUAAAGUUCUUGAAUGUUGUGAAGCUCCAUGGAUUCAAAUAAGGCAUAAAGAAUUAUCAAAUGCUUUAAGGAAAAGAUUAUAUGGUCAACAUAUAGCGAUAAAUUCUAUUGAAAGCUUAGUAGCAGGACAUUUAAGACAGAUUAAAGAAGGAAAAUCUAAAAAAUCACUUGUCAUGUCUUUUCAUGGAUGGCCAGGUAUCGGAAAAACAUACACUUCAGCAAUUAUUGCUGAACAUAUAUUUGAAAAAGGUUUCUCAAGUAAAUAUGUUAGAAGGUUUUUUGGUUCAAAAGAUUUUCCUUUACCAAAUCGUGUAAAUGAGUAUAGGGAUAAUAUUCAGAAAUGGAUUGCAGGAAAUUUAUCUGAAUGUACAAAAACGUUAUUUAUUUUUGAUGAAGUUGAUAAAAUGUCUCCUAAAAUUCUUGAUGCAAUAUCACCAUAUGGACAAGAAAAUGUUAGAAUUAAUGGGAAACCUGCAAAUGAUGCUAUUUAUAUAUUUAUUAGUAACGCUGGUGGGGAUGCUAUUGCAAAUAAAGUUAGGGAUUUUUAUUUAAAGAAAGGUUUUAGAGAAGAUUUGAAAUUAGAAGAUUUUGAAAAUAUUAUAAAAGAAAAUGCUGUUAAUAAGGGUGGUCUUGAGGAAAGUGACAUGAUUUUUAGAGGUAUUGUUGAUGUAUUUGUUCCUUUUCUUCCACUAGAGAAGAAACAUGUUGAAGAAUGUAUAGAAACUAUUUUUACAGAAAGAGAUUAUAAGAAUGUAGAAUACAAUAAAGAAAUUAAGGAAUACCUUUUAAAGCAUAUAACAUUUUCACCUAAGAAUGAUCCUUUGUUUUCGAUAAAUGGUUGUCGAUUAAUCGAACAUAAAAUGAAUCUUAUAAGUGAAAAGUAUUAUAGAAAACCGGAAGUAGACGAAAUAUAA